AUGCAUAUUCUCGUUCAAGUUCUACUAGCGUUGACGAUUGUGGCAGGCACCUUCAGCCAGACAAUAAAAUUGGAAAACACCAGGAAAAGGUCAUCAUGUAAACAUGAAGCAUCGAUUGGCGACACGGUUGAGUCAGAUGUCAUCGUCACUGGGGACAUCCCACGGCUGAUAUCUGAGGACCACUGGGAGCCCAUAUUGACGGUGUAUGUGAAUACUAGAGAGUUUGUUAUUCACACUAUAUGUGCUAUAAACAUGACGGUUCCUCCGUGCAAGGAUACUUCUUCCCACGGCUACUGUACCUGUCAUCAGCACGAGAAUGGGGUUAGAAUUGCUGUAGUGUUACCUCUAACCAGAGAUUUCGGUAAAGGAUGGUUAGAGGCCAAAUGGAUGCAAGCAGGAGGGAGAACCAUAUAUGCAAGCCCCAACUAUCACUUACCAGAAGUGAAUGUCGGAAGUGUGACGGCCAGAGUCGAUGGUAUGAUUACUGGACCGCUAUCAGAGAAAUGCUGGUUUAAUGUUUCUCUGCGCAGACGCCAUUCUAUAUACGUGUUUUGCCAAAGCGGUUAUACCGAGCCGUGCUACAUUCACCUGACAUACGGUGGGCAUAGGAUUUCGGCUGCGUACGAUUAUGGCAUGACUAUACCAGAAGAUUUUACAGGAAAUAUGACCGUAGGCGUCUCUGUGUGUCGAGCAACUGACGAUGGGACAAGUAACAAUUGUUCAGUUCCGAGAGCUAUAACUGCAGCAGACCUCACUACUUCAACUACAACCGUCUCCACUACCACAAGCACAACUGUCUCCACUACAAGUACAACUGUCUUCACUACUACAAGUACAACUGAAACUACAGACACGGCUCGGACAACUG